GAGAAUGGUGUUCAGGUACUAUAAAAAUACACCGAGAAGCGUACCGGUCAUAUGGUAAAAAAUAAUCAAAAAAAUGUGGAAGAUCAGUUAUUUUUUAUUUGUCUUCGGAGUGGCAGCCAAUUUGAAACAUGCUUACGCUGUGACUGAGGAAGAAAGGCUCAUGUUGGACAGCCUUAUGAAACCGAAAGUUCUAGCGUGCGUCGAAGAGUUUGGACUUAAGGACUUCAGUAUAGAGGACAUAAGGAAAGACCAUGAAAUAGACCCUUGUUUAUUGCAAUGUUUCCUUAAAAAAGCUGAAGUGUUUGUAGAUGGAAUGAUAAAUUUAGAAAAGGCCGAUGAAACCUUGCGAGAAGUCAUAAAUGAUGAAGAUGAAGUUGAACAAAUUAUGGAGAAGGGAAAAGAGUGCGCUGACGAAGCAAAUGGAAGCGAUGUGAGUGGUGACGACGAGGACUGUGCAAGGGUCGCAAUAUUCCACAGUUGUCUAAGGGAGAAGAACGGAUUGUUUAUGGCGACUUCUUGAAUGAAGAUACCUACUUGAAGAUGAGUUAUAACUCAAUGGCCUAUAUGUUAAUAAUCACGUGUGCAAUAUAUUGAAUUAUUCAUUAUA